GACGAAACUCUUGGCUCUGGCUUCUUUGUUCGAAAUCUGAUUAUUCCAGGUUUUGCUUUCCAUUUUUGUCUGGUUGCAAGUGAAAAAUAUAUCCCUGGAGAUGACUUUGAAACCUACUACCUAGAAUUUAAGCAGUUUGAAUCUACUGAAUUGGAAAGAAUUGAACUAAACGAAAUCGCAUCGUCAGAUCGUUCAGACGUUUAUAGAACUCUUGAUUUGAUUUGCAUUCGUAUCAACGUCGAUCGUAUCAAAAAGAAGACAUUCUACAAGGACUCAUCUCGAUCAUUUAAAGUUGUUACUGAGCGCUUAGGAAGCUAUGAGAAUUUAUUCUGUUACUUUGUGGACGAUUCUCAAGCGAAAUCUUUGGUGAAACAAGUGAGAAUUGAACUAAAUAGUCGCAAGGGAUUUCAGAUCCUGGAUGGUGUGGACACUUACUCGACGUACAAUCAAUUCACUCAAGGUAAACUAGAUGGUGGUGUUAUCUUGAAAAGAAUUGAGGGUGAGUUACAAGUGGUUGGGGUGCUUCAGUUCACCAACGAGGGAACAAUCUCUCCUGUUUUCUUUCCGCUACCUAGUGAAGGUAAAGGGAAGAUGCCACUUAGUCAGUGUGCAACUGAGAUUGAAAAUGGUAGAGCUGCUUCAGGAAGUGAAAUGGUGGAAGAAGAAGGACAAGAUUCAGGAAUAGAUUUGACUUUGGGUAAUCAGCACUCUUCAGAGUCCAACCAGGCUGAAAGAAAGAUGCCACCUAAUCAUUUUGCAACAGAUGGUGGAGGUGCUUCAGAAAAUGACUUGGUGAUUGAGGGUCAACGAGAUCUGGAACGCAGUUUGACAGUUGGUAAUCAGCAUUCUUUACAGUCCAGCCAGGGUUCUUCUUCUGGUAGUGAAGGAAGCAGUUGGAUGUCUUAUUUGAAAUCGUGGAUUCCUUUUUGGAAUAAUUCUGACAGCUGCAGUGGUAAUGGAGAUUUGUCGCUUAAAGCAAUUUUGAAUUAUCCUUAUGACAUAAGCAUUAACCCAUGCAGGACUCCUUUGCAGGGUGGAGGACCUUGCACUUUCAAGCUCAUACCUGACCUCCCCUCAGACAUUACUUCUGGAACAGCUAAGUUUGCUGAUCUAGGCUUUGUUGAUUUGAAUGGAGUUAAAAAUAGCACAAACUGCCUUGUUGGAGAGAGAAUUCCUGCUGCUAGGGAAGAGGGUUCGGUCACUGUAAUAGUGAAUGGAAAAAGUGAUAAGACCGGCAACUGCGCUGAUCUUGGGCAGACACAGAUUUACUAUUAUCAUAAACAAAAAGACGUUUUCAGGGACUUGGUGAUGAAUCAAAGCCAGCUACACGAUUUCUUGGAAGAACUUGCAAAGGAAAACGCCAAAUCCAGCAGAGACAAAGGGUCGAAAUCCUCAAGUUCUGGGUCCAUGGAUUCAGGGAAUCCUUUAUUUGCACUUCAAUGCCUAGUGCUGUUGGUGUAUACAGCAGCGGAAACUGAUGUUCGAGAGUUUAUUGAAUUAAUCUUCAAUUCAUCAGCUGGAAGAGUGGUAUUUAAUGCAUACAGGCAUACGCCUCCAUUACCAGAGGAUAUUGCAAGAGCUUUUGGCCACAAAGAUACUGCGCAGUAUCUUGAAUCCUUAAGUAAAAGAUUAUCUGAAGAUUUAAGUGUCCACGAAGAACAAUUGCAAGAAAGUCAUAUUCAAGAGCUUGCUGAGGCAGUCAAAAAUCAACUGACAGAAGGAAGACAAGAACAGCCAUCAAGGGAACCAACAGAAGGAGAAGAAGAACAGCCACCUGGGGAAUCAAAAGAAGCAAGAGAAAAACAGCCAUCAGGGAAACCAGCAAAGGGAGGACAAGAACAGCCACCAAGGGAACCAGCAGAAGAAGAAGAAGAGUCAUUAAAGGAACCAGCAGGAGGAGAAGAACAGCCACUGAAAGAACCAGCAGGAGGAGAAGAACAGCCACGGAAGGAACCAGCAGGAGGAGAAGAACAGUCACUGAAGGAACCAGCAGGAGAAGAAGAACAGCCACUGAAAGAACCAGCAGGAGGAGAAGAACAGUCACUGAAGGAACCAGCAGGAGGAGAAGAACAGCCACUGAAAGAACCAGCAGCAGGAGAAGAACAGCCACUAAAAGAACCAGCAGGAGGAGAAGAACAGUCACUGAAGGAACCAGCAAAAGGAGAAAAACAGCCACUGAAAGAACCAGCAGGAGGAGAAGAACAGCCACUGAAGGAACUAGCAGGAGGAGAAGAACAGCCACGGAAGGAAACAGCAGGAGGAGAAGAACAGUCGCCAGGGGGACCAGCAGGAGGAGAAAAAGAACAGAAAAGUUGGUUUGAAAAAGGUGAUCAUACGUCAGCCCUUCAGUCUAAACUGCAAGCCCUUGACAUGAGAAGAAAGGUGCUUGGCGAGGAACACUCAGACACAGCUAAAAGCUACAAUUCCGUAGGGAUCACACAGCGUUCCUUGGGUGAUAUUACAUCAGCCCUUCAUUCUUCACAGCGAGUCCUCGACAUAAUAAGAACGUUGUUUGGCGAGGAACACUCAGACACAGCUCAAAGCUACGAUUCCGUAGGGAUCACACAGCAUUCUUUAGGUGAUCUUACAUCAGCCCUUCAUUCUUCACAGCGAGCCCUUGACAUAAGAAGAAAGUUGUUUGGCGAGGAACACUCAGACACAGCUCAAAGCUACCAUUCCGUAGGGCUCACACAGCAUUCCUUAGGUGAUCUUACAUCAGCCCUUCAUUCUUCACAGCGAGCCCUUGACAUAAGAAGAAAGUUGUUUGGCGAGGAACACUCAGACACAGCUGAAAGCUACGAUUCCUUGGGGGCCACACAGCAUUCCUUAGGUGAUCUUACAUUAGCCCUUCAUUCUUCACAGCGAGCCCUUGACAUAAGAAGAAAGUUAUUUGGCGAGCAACACUCAGACACAGCUCAAAGCUACGAUUCCGUGGGGAUCACACACCAUUCUUUAGGUGAUCUUAAAUCAGCCCUUGAUUCUAAACAGCGAGCCCUUGACAUAAGAAGAAAGUUGUUUGGCGAGGAACACUCAGACACAGCUCAAAGCUACGAUUCCAUAGGGGUCACACAGCAUUCCUUAGGUGAUCUUACAUCAGCCCUUCAUUCUAAACAGCAAGCCCUUGCCAUAAGAAGAAAGUUGUUUGGCGAGGAACACUCAGACACAGCUCAAAGCUACGAUUCCGUAGGGGCCACAUUGCAUUCCUUAGGUGAACUUACAUCAGCCCUUCAUUCUUCACAGCGAGCCCUUGACAUAAGAAGAAAGUUGUUUGGGAAGGAACACUCAGACACCGCUCAAAGCUACGAUUCGGUAGGGGCCACACAGCAUUCCUCAGGUGAACUUACAUCAGCCCUUCAUUCUAAACAGCAAGCCCUUGACAUAAGAUGAAAGUUGUUUGGCGAGGAACACUCAGACACACGUCAAAGCUACGAUUCUGUAGGGUCCAAACAGAAUUCCUUAAUUGAUCUUACAUCAGCCUUUCAUUCUAAACAGCGAGCCCUUGACAUAAGAAGAAAGUUGUUUGGCGAGGAACACUCAGACAGAGCUCAAAGCUACGAUACCGGAAGGGGUCACACAGCAUUCCCUAGGUGAUCUUACAUCAGCCCUUCAUUCUAAACAGCGAGCCCUUGACAUAAGAAGAAAGUUGUUUGGCGAGGAACACUCAGACACAGCUCAAAGCUACGAUUCCGUAGGGGUCACACAGCAUUCCUUAGGUGAUCUUACAUCAGCCCAUCAUUCUAAACAGCGUGCCCUUGACAUAAGAAGAAAGUUGUUGGGCGAGAAACACUCAGACACAGCUGAAAGCUACCAUUCCGUAGGGUUCACACAGUAUUCCCUAGGUGAUCUUACAUCAGCCCUUCAUUCUAAACAGGUAGCCCUUGACAUAAGAAGAAAGUUGUUUGGCUAGGAACACUCAGACACAGCUCAAAGCUACCAUUUCGUAGGGUCCACACAAUAUUCCCUAGGUGAUCUUACAGCAGCCCUUCAUUCUAAACAGCGAGCCCUUGACAUAAGAAGAAAGUUGUUGGGCGAGGUACACUGAGACACAGCUCAAAGCUACGAUUUCGUAGGGGUCACACAGGAUUCCUUAGGAGAUCUUACAUCAUCCCUUGAUUUUAAACAGUGAGCCCUUGACGUAAGAAGAAAGUUGUUUGGCGAGGAACUCUCAGACACAGCUCAAAGCUAUGAUACCGUAGGGGCCACACAGCAUUCCUUUGGUGAUCAUAGAUCAGCCCUUUAUUCUCAACAGCGAGCCCUUGACAUAAGAAGAAUGUUGUUUGGCGAGGAACACUCAGACACAGCUCAAAGCUACGAUUCUGUAGGGGCCACACAGCAUUCCUUAGGUGAUCUUACAUCAGCCGUUCAUUCUAAAUAGCGAGCCCUUGACAUAAGAAGAAAGUUGUUUGGCGAGGAACACUCCGACACAGCUCAAAGCUACAAUUCCGGAGGGGUCACACAUCAUUCCUGAGGUCAUCUUACAUUAGCCUUUCAUUCUACACAGCGAGCUCUUGACAUAAGAAGAAAGUUGUUCGGCGAGGAACACUCAGACACAGCUCGA